AACGAUCAUUGGACCGCCUGCUCCCGCGUCACCGCAAAGAGCCCUCACGUCACUUUUGGCUAGGACAUACGGUAUGAGCCCGAGGAGAGUUUCGCAUGAUGUGGUGGGAAUCUGCGGUCGGAAGAAGGAACGUGUAUUGUCACUGCUUCCCCGCCCAGGCCGACUCGUUUCGGGCUAGUCCAAAAGGACCCCGCUCCCACAUAGAUCCCAAGCCACCUCAACCUCAACAUCAUUCAGAACACAGCUACACGAGAAAACACGGCUAAGAGAUUGGUCAAUAACAACGUGGAAGCACCUCGCGCC